GGCCCUACAAGGAGAGUGUCCUCAUCCCCGGAAGAAAGCGCGCCUCAUGUAAUUACGGGCAGGGACGCGCUGUGUGGCCUCCUGGCCGCCAGAGGACGACGAACGCAUUUAGGUACCGUUUCCCGGAGCGCGGGCCGGCGUGACCCCAGACUUGCCGGUGGGCUCGGAGGUCACGCACGUGCGUCGAGAACUUGAGUGCACCAUGUUAUAGAGAGCAUGGGGGCUGGGGUGGCUCGAGCGGUUAGGAAUUUCAACUUAGAGAACCGAACAGAACGGGAAAUCAGCAAGAUGAAGCCGUCUGCGGCCCCGAGGCACCCAUCCACCCGCAACGACCUGCGAGAGAUGAUCGACCAUCCGGAAAUUAAGAGAGACAUUGCUAGGAAAAAUGACAAGCUGCUGUCAUUACUGAAAGAUGUAUAUGUUGAUUCCAAAGAUCCUGUAUCACCUCUGCGGGUAAAAGAUUCUGAAAUAUGGCAAGAGACAAAGGAAUCCAGAUUGCCAAAGGGCCAUCACUUUGGUAUGGAUAUUAAGAACAUUCCCAAGGGCAAGAUUUCCAUUGUAGAGGCCUUGACACUUCUCAAUAAUCAUAAACUUUAUCCAGAAACAUGGACUGCUGAGAAAAUAGUACAAGAAUACCAUUUAAAACUGGAAGAUGUAAAUUCGCUUCUCAAGUAUUUUGUUACUUUUGAAGUCAAGAUCUUUCCUCCUGAAAGCAAGAAAGCAAUAGAAUCAAAAUGAAGAAAAUCACGAAAUUACUUUUCUUAUGUGUACUUCUCAUCCCCUUGCUUGCUUAUUUCCUCAAUUUUAGCAUAUUAAAUUAUAGAAAAUACCAAGUGUAUGAUGCUCCUUACUUUGAGAGCAUGCUAUUUAUUGAGCUGUGUUGACGUUUCAGGAUUGCUAAUAGAAAAUAAAUAUUUUUUUAAAUAUUUAGGUUUAGGCAUAGUUCUAUGUAUAUGUCAGCAUGACUAAUCAUAUCUACAAAUUUAUUAUAAGUGAGAGAAAUACUGUAUUUUUGGCACAUGAUAACACUUUAAAUUAGUCACAUGGCUUGAACCUCACAUUUAACAUUCAAAAUUUCACCUUCCAAUUUAGAUUAUUAGUUCAUUCUUUGUAACAGCUUUCCUGACUCCUAGGAUGGAAAUGUUUUCUUGUUAGGAAAGAGAAACUGAACAGUCGGGUCGAAUAACAGUAUUUCCAAAAUACCUUUGAGACUGAAUUUCUACUAUGAGGUGAAUGUAAUGCUUUCUUAAAUGUAAGGGUUACCGUGAAGAUAAAUACAAAGGACCAAGCAAAUGUAAAUUAUUUUUUGCAGUUGAGAACAGAUGCUUGAGGAAGAUAUAUGACCUAAAUUUAUAUAGUUUGUGACAUAGCCAGAAUUUAGGUUUUCAAAGUCCUAGUGGUAUAUUCUUUGUGUAAUGGCAAAAAGAAAUCUAUUUCAAGAGGGUAGAGGUAGUAAUUGUGAUUGUCAGUGUGCUUCCAGGGGAAGAUACGUAUUGCUACCUUCCAGAGAUUCCUUUGGAAAUACUGUGGAAGCUGCUGAGGAAUUCAGCAUGAUGACACAAUGACACAUUUUUAAUAAUGCUUAAAACAAGAUGAACUGAGGUGGGAAACUUGGAGGCUUGUUUUCAGAUGCAUAUGAAUAAACUAUAUCUACUUU